AACAUUGCGAGCUGUGCGAGCACCCACAGUCUGAUUUUGUUGCAAGCGAGUAACAGUUAAACGUUUAAACCAAAGUUAACCAAAGAUUUUUCUACAAAAUGAUUACCGUAUUUGUUUUAUUAUUGCUUGUUAAUUUAGCAAGCUUGAAUACACCAAAUUAUAAUAUUGAGAAAACAGUAUCUGUUUUCUCAAAACAUUAUGAGCGAGUUUAUGAUGUCAAAAUCAAACCAUUCAGGGACGUUCCCUGUACAAAUUCUAAUACACUGAAAUUGGAAGAAAUGAAUUUAGGAAAUAAAUUCCUAAAAGAUAAUUUAAUACACAGCGAUUCGAUACAGCAUAUAUCUUUACGAGGAAAUAAUUUGACGAAUAUAUCAGCAAUAAUUUUGAAUCGUGUGCGAAAUUUGAUUUGCUUGGAUAUAUCUGAAAACAAAUUUAAUCUUAACAACAACAAUUUCAUUGAGCAUGGUAAUCUUAAAGUACUUAAUUUAUGCCAUCAAAAACCAGAUGCAGAUGAGAGCCUUAAAUCGGAAGGUGAAAUAAUAAAAAAGAAUGAAAAAUAUAUGGAAAUAAAGGUGUUCAAUACAACUGGCAUAUAUUUGCCAAAUUUAGAACAUCUGUUUUUAUGUGACAAUAAUAUAGUGUCGUUACCAGACACGUUUAAUAUAUCAUUCCCGAAAUUAUCACAUAUAUAUUUAAACAAUAUUGACGCUACAAAUUUAAAUAAAGAUUUUUUCAAUAAAAUUCCAAAGACAUUGCGCGUUGUACAUUUGGAAGAUAACAAAUUAUACAAUUUGAUAUUACAAAAUAUAACAGAAAUUAUAGAAUUAUAUCUCGAUGGAAAUCCCUUAACAAACAUUGAAAUUGUUUCGAAAAAAUUGAACAUUUUAUCGUUAUCACAUGGCGCAGCAAAUGGUCAUAUUAAUUUAUAUACACCUUAUUUAGAGUAUUUAGAUUUAUCUCACAAUAAUUUACAGAGUCAACCUGAUAUACGAUAUAAUGAUCUUCAAUUUUUGAAAACACUUUUACUUGAUUAUAAUGAAUUUUCAAGUUUUCCUUUAUUCACUUUUGAUUUAUCUCUUAUUAGAUUAUCAUUAAGUUAUAACAAGUUAACAUAUAUUGCUUCAAAAUAUUUCCAACAUUUAACGUCUUUAAAAAUGUUAUCAUUACGAGGAAAUCGCAUCAGAAAUAUAGAAAGUGAUACUUUUAAGCAUCUGAGCCAUCUAGAAUUUCUAGAUUUAUCACAAAACCAAUUAAUAAAACUGCCUAAUGAUUGGAUAAUUCCAUUACAGAAUAUUCAAUUUUUUAACGCUAGUUCAAAUUAUUUUAUAACAAUUUCAGACAUAACAAUUAGUCCACAUAGUUUACUGACGCAUUUGUUCGUGGAAGAUAAUACUUUCAUGUCCGUUACAAAUAAAGAAUUAGAUAUGUUACCAAACGGAAUUACCGUUUAUUUAGAUUAAGAUUGUUAAGUUAAGAUAUUAAGUUUCUUAAUAUUUUCAACGAUUAUAUGAGCAGUUAAAAUUCUAAAUACAGAUAAUUUCUUCUCUCUCAAUGAUAAAAUUAAAUAUUAUAAAACAAUACAUUUUGCUUCAUUUAUCUUUUUAAUAAAUAUGUCUUAUUUUGUAGAUUUUAAGCGCAUAAGAGAGAGAAAGAAAUAGACACAAUAUAAUAUUUGAUUAUAUAGGAUAUUUCAUUAGUGGUAUACGAGUUUUGUAUAAAAACAAUGUAUUCUAUAUUUCUUACUUUAUUUUUUAAAUAGAGUUAUUAUUUUUCUAACUGUACGACUAAUUUUUUACGAAUUAUCUUGUAUAAUUAUGUACUAUUAAUUUGUUACGUAUCUUCAUAAGUUUUAAGUUCCAUAGUAUUUCAUAUUUUUAAUCUUAGUAUUUAAUGUAAUGCGUUUUCUCAUUAUUAUAUGCUUAUUGUGUAAAAUGCACUAUAUGUCACAAG